CCAAUAUGUCAAAGGCCAAGUUUUAGAGUGGAAACACAUUAUUUACUUCAUUUCAUAUGCAACACUGUACAAAUAAAUAUUUAUCAUGGCAUUUAUUAUAUGAGAAAAUGACGAAAUGACCAGCUGGUGUGGUGGAAGCUCUGAAAUGCUGGGUGAGCAAAAGUGGCCUGCAACAUCUAGGCAACACAGAGCACCCCGAAGCAAAGAAAACACCAAUGUCCACUGCAAAGUCCGGGUCACCAAAUAACAUUAAAUUAAUCAUAAAGACUGCUGAGCCAUUUUUUGAAGAUCUGCUGAAAUUAUUUUACAGACAAAACCAGUGCAAUCUGGUCUUAACCAGCAAAAGACAUAAGCAUUGCUUAAUUAAGAAGAAACAAAGUUUAACUUGCUUAUGGAUCAGUGAAGCCCAAAAAAAAAAAAAAAAAAAAAUUGUGCAUGCAUUUUGAGUGGACUCUGCCCUUUCCUGUAGCUUAAGUUUCAGAAGUGCAGGACAGGAAGACCGACUUCAAGAGGAAGACCGAGUUUGCAGGUUGUAUCCACUCCUGCCUUUACUCCCAGAAAUAAACAAUCCAGCUGAAUACAUAAAUAAAUAAGGCUGUGUUAAGAGGAAAUAUGAACCUCGAAGAGUAUUUUGUGAGAACUGGUUAUAACGGUUCCCUUGAAAAACAAGAUUUGGAAACCUUAACUGAUAUAUUCCAGCACCACAUCCGCGCUGUUCCGUUUGAAAAUCUCAGCAUCCACUGCGGGGAGAAAAUUACUUUGGAGCUGGAGCACGUAUAUAACAAAAUCGUGAGGAAGAAGCGUGGUGGCUGGUGCAUGGAAAACAACCAGCUCUUGGGCUGGGUCCUGAAGGGCCUGGGGUACGAGGCCAGUUUUCUGGGAGCAUAUGUCUUCAAUCCACAUCAAAACACGUACGCCAACAUCAUGACCCACCUGCUCGUAAAGGUGGUCAUUGAUGGCAAGGCCUAUAUUGUUGAUGCAGGCUUUGGCGUGUCCUACCAGAUGUGGCAACCAAUGGAGCUUGUGUCUGGGAAAGACCAGCCCCAGGCUCCUGGCGUCUUCCGCUUCACGGAAAAAAACGCCAUCUGGUACCUGGAAAAAAUGCGACGGAAGCAAUAUAUCCCCAAUCAACAUUUCUCCAAUUCCGACCUUCUAGAGAAAAAAGAGUGUCGGAAAGUUUACAUGUUCAGUCUGGAGCCACGGACGGUGGAAGAUUUCCGUUUCCAGUGCUCGUACCUCCAGACGUCUCCCGAAUCCCUCUUCACGAAGAAGUCCAUCUGCACCCUGCAGACCACCGACGGCUUCCGAGCGCUAAUCGGGUGGACACUCACGGAGACCACAUACAAUUACAAGGAAAAUAUGGAUCUGGUGGAAUUCGUAACACUUGAGGAUGAAGAGGUGGAAAAGACACUGAAAGAGAAAUUCAACAUAACUCUAGAGAAAAAGCUUGUGCCAAUUAAUGUCAAAGGAUAUUACACAAUUUAGACUACUGGAAAAAAAAACCUAUGCUAAUUUACAGUAUUUUCCAUGGUCUGCCCAAUCACUACUGCGAGAUUACAGGAUUCCCUUGCAGGCAAUUGAAGGGAAAAUACAUUAAUGCCAGGUUAAAGUGAAGAAAUCAGGGAUAUCACCCUCUUCUGCCAGGUAGACAGAAUUAUUUGCUGUGAAAUGACUGAAGUUCAAUUUUUGGCAGAAAUGUAGACAAUGAUUUGUAUCUGGUCGUAAACUUGGGCAAGAAAUAUGCCUGGGGAAUUCUGGAGUGUCUAUAGCACAUAAGAAGAGGAAGUAUUAUUAAUUUUGAUAUGCUGCCAACACAUUUUUGGAUAUUAUGAUUAAAAAAAAAAAAUCCGUGAGCAUUUAGACACCUACGUACACACUUAAAAUUUCACUUUUCACAAUAUGUAGCCACUCAUCUCAUUUCCCUAUCUUUAAAGUGGGUAUAACUAUACUGUCAGCUUUGAACAUGAUAUUUCAAGAGGUACACAGCUCUUGAUGAUUCUCAACCAAAAUACAUUGGGAAAUGAUUAUUUGCAUAUCCAUCCCUUUGUUAUUAGCACAGCAAACUAAGUAACUUUCGA